AUGGCCACCAUUCUCACCAAAGACAGUGUGACAGUAUCAGUGGAUGCAGUCGUUUACUAUCGCGUACAGAAUGCAACCAUCAGCAUUGCUAAUGUGGAAGAUGCCAAUGCCUCAACCAGACUCCUUGCUCAAACCACCCUGCGUAACGUACUUGGAACCAAGAACCUAUCAGAAAUCCUCUCAGAUAGAGAGGGUAUCAGUCAUUUCAUGCAGUCAAGUUUGGACGAGGCUACAGAUCCUUGGGGUAUUAAAGUGGAACGUGUCGAAAUCAAAGAUGUCCGCCUGCCUGUACAGCUGCAGAGAGCUAUGGCUGCUGAAGCUGAAGCAGCCAGAGAAGCAAGAGCCAAGGUGAUAGCAGCUGAAGGAGAACAGAACGCAUCACGAGCCCUGAAGGAAGCUGCUGAUACCAUCUCAGAAUCACCUACUGCUCUACAACUUAGAUAUCUACAGACUCUAAACACCAUCUCAGCUGAGAAGAACUCCACCAUCAUAUUCCCUUUGCCCAUUGAUCUUCUUAAAUCUUUCUUGCACCACCAUAUCUGAUGUAGCCCCACAACAUUAUUUUCCCACCUCCAAAUUUGACGGUCUUCUGGGUGUACCUUGGAUCUAGACGGUGCCCUGUCUUUAAAAUUGGCCAGCACAGUCUCCAGACAUGAACAUUAUUGAGCAUGUAUGGAGCAGAAUGAAAGAGGACACAUGGAAAACAAAGCCAAAGAAUGUGGGGGAGUUGUGGAACGCUUGUGAGGCCAUCUUUUAUGCCAUUCCUGAUGCCUUCAUCAACGAACUGCAGUACAACUCCCUCCCAAGACGUAUGGUAACUGUUAUCAAGGCCAAAGGAAGUCACAGCAUAAACUAAAUUGUUUAGUUCCUGGUGUUGCAGUCAGUUUGAUGUUGAUAUGAUGUCAGAAACUAUUUUUUUAAAUUCAGUCUGAAUGAUUUGUAAAUUGCGACAUGACAUGCAUAGUGGAGAGGUGCAAUUAUUGGCUGAUUUUGAGAAAAAGGGAAAUUUCUAUGCUUACCUUGUACUUUCGUUCAGCUCAGUAUGAUUCAAAUGCAUGUAAACACUUGGACCUGGACAUACCGUAACAGAAAGGCUAGUAAAUGAUUGCAGGGCUUGAAAAGCCAAAGCUUAUUGCAACGGUCAUUGUGUAUGAUUAGUGAUACAAUCAAAUUAAUGUAGUGUGUUAAAGGGCCCGCCUUGUGGUGUAGGUGGGACUUGGGUUCGCCAGUGUCAAAAACUCCUUGUUAUUUUGUGUCUGAACCCUAUUUUCAUACAGAGAUUUCUCAAGAAAUAAGUCUUCAGCACAGCGAAAACAUGGCAUGAAAAUCUGUUCAUAUCUCAUAAAUAUGCACAGCGAAUAUCAUGAAUAUUCAAUGCAGAGUGUAGAUAUAUCUGGAAAAAGUUUGAGGGUACUAUUUUGGAGACAACGGGAAUGAAUGUAAGCAAGAAAUUAAAACUGUUUGAUUGUUCGUUAUGAUUUUUUCAGGAUAGAAUGAUAUUAUCAUUUUAAAUAAGUUGUGAGAAUUUUAGGAAAUUUUGUAUACAUACGGCGAAAAUAUAAGCAAGUGAAUUUUUCAUUAAAAAAUGAACUCUGUCUCUAUGUGCGUGGUUGACGGUUAGAAAUUCGAAACAAAUUGGGCAUUUUCCCCGAGUUAAUUGCUGGGGCUGUGACUUUUGUCCAUCCGAAAACAGGCCCAUUUGACAUUAUUAUGUCACUGUUCUAAAAAGGUUAGGUUAAAUGUUAUAUCACUGCUGCCAAAUAAUAUUUGAAUCAUUUGAAUUAAUUUGAAACAUAUUUAUCAAAGAUCGGAGGAUUUUCGGUAAGUUAGAAAGUGUUUACUACAUCAGAAGUACCUGCGACAAGACUUUAUGUCCAUGACUAUAUGUUAUAAUAAAUGUGCCAAGCUCCGCCAUCUCAUGACUUCUCCUCCAACCGGCCCCAAUGGAUGAUGCUAAUGACAAAGGUUCAAUCCUUUUCUAGAAGAACCACCUCGGAAGAUGGAUGGUACCAAUGUGCUAUGGCUAAGAUUUACCUUAACUCAUCCUCAAAUAAUUCUAACCCUUAACCAUGUCCCAGUCCAACCCAAAUAUCUGUGAAAAGAACAAUUCGGGGGCAGCGUUUAUGAAUGAGACAUGGUGACUUGAAGGUGACAUUUUUAUUUAUAUGCCCAUCCCACCGGACGUAUUAUGAUAUCACGCUCGGUGUCCGUCUGUCUGUGCGUCCGUUUUCAUCUUACCCUUCUGAAGUCCUUGUAAACGUGAUAACUUUAGUUUAACUUAACCUAGGCUCAUAUAAUUUAGUGUGUAUCAUACUAGCAUGGAUCCCAGUUUUCUUGCUUAACCAAUAACUCUAUUUUCCGCGUUACAGGCAGGGGUAUUAUGUGCUCCUCCCAGCGACACUCUUCUUCUCAAUUAGUGAUGGACAAUCGCAUAGGUUGAUGGACAGGGUAUCGUAAGAGGAAAUGUGUUGAAUUUGAUGAUUUAUCACAAAACUAAUUUCAUAUUCAUUCAAUUAAUAUCAUAAAGGUCUUUAAAUUUUUUAUUUUUCAAACUGGGUUCCUUAAAAUAUCUAAUACCCUCAAUAGAUUGAACAUGUAGAAAUGUUACUACCUAGUGGUCAUUUUUAUCUCCCCCCCUAAAAUAAAUCGAUAAAGGGAAAGUAUUUCUAUGUAUCCAUUUUAGGCCACUGUGGUAUUACAUCUACACUGAAGGAUGAAAUUACCAUAGAACAAAAUAUAAUAUCAGUAAAUCAUCAUGUGAGUAAACCUGUUUCCUGUCUCUUGUGGCAUAAAAGCUUUUGCGCUAGGAUUAUGCAUUUUACAUAUAUUUGCCCUUCUAUGUCACCUGUACAGAACACAAACAAUUGCAUUUGUAUGUUUUCAUACCUUCCACCACAACGUUUGUUAAUGUACAUUUAGGACUUGAUUUGCUGAAAAAUUCAAUGAAUUACUGGAAAUUACGUUCCAAUGCACAUAUCUGUAAUUUCAUAUACAUGUAACUCCCCCCCCAAAAAAAAACUGGGGGAAAGGGAGAAAAAGAUCAAGGGAGAAAGAAAGAUAAACAUAGUGGGGAAAGAAUUAAUUAUUGAAAAGUAUAUUAUUAUGUUAUAUUAUAUAUAAUAAUAAUAUAGGGUAUUUAUAUUGCGCACAUAUCCAUCUUGUUAGGUGCUCAAGGCGCUCCUAUAUGUCUACAUAAGAAUUUUUUUAACGAAACUUUAUAAAACAUAAUUUGCUUUAUAAGGCCAAUGUGUUCAUCACUGUUGGUGCUCGCAUUGUCUGUUUAAUGAGAUAAAUAUUCCUGUUCAAAUGGUACUAAAACAAUGCUAAAAAUUUGUCAUUAGCCUUAUUUUUCACUGGAAUCAUCAUUCAAACUAUGAUUUUUCUAACCAUGUGAAAGGGCGGAUAGAGUACCGAAGUAAUGACGUCACAUUUUAGCAUUUUUGAUACCAUAUUUUGGAAGAGCAUGAUAAAAUACCUACAUGUACACUGAAUUGAAUUGAAUUGAAUUGAAUUGAAUUUAUUCAAACCAGUCAAAGGAGAACAAAGUACAAACAAAAUAAAUGGUUACAUUAUAAAGAACUGAAAAAAAUGACAGGUUUGGUACCCCAAAGAAGCACAGCUUAUAAUCAGGGGCCCCUGCAUAUGAUAUUUUACUCAAACAUGGAAUAACUAUGAGAAGAAAAAAAAAAGAAGAAUAUACAAGGUAUUUAAAGAUCACAACAGGAACAUUACCCACACGCAAGCAUACACACACUCACCCAGACAAACACACUACCAAAAUUUGGUGCGAAUCGGUCCAUGGGGGCCUCAUGAAUACUUCAUUAUCCCCAUAGAAGUCAAUGUAUUAUUGGCGUUCUAAAAUUUGGGAACCAGGCCAA